AUGGAGUCAGAGUUUGUGACGAUUAAUAGAGUUCCUUUGAGAAUUGAUUCUUGGGGUGGUUACAUGCCAUCAAAAAUAGAAGCUAAAUUGCAAGAAAAACCAAAUGAAUUAAUAUUAGUAAUACCAGGUAAUCCUGGAGUAACAAAAUUUUAUGAAAAAUUUUUAAAUCAUUUAUAUGAGUUAACUAAAAAACCAAUAUGGAUUAUGUCGCAUGGAGGUCAUGACAAAAUAAAUAGUAAAUUACCAUCAUUGAAAGAAAACAAAUUCUUAUAUAAUCUUCAAGGACAAGUUGAACAAAAAGACAAAUUUAUUGAAAAAUAUUUAGAAGGAGUCAAGUUAUAUUGUGUAGGACAUUCUGUAGGUUGUAAAAUGUUGUUAGACCUUUUAAAAAAAGAAAGGAAAAGCAAUGUGGAAAUUGAAAAAUGUAUCAUGCUUUUUCCAACAAUCGAAAGAAUGGCUGAAGCUCCAAAUGCUGCUUAUGUUAUAUGUUAUUGCUUUUGUACUGGUAUACCUCCGAAUAAUAUACCAGCAAUGAUGAAACUUGUUGAUCCGCAUGUUUUAAGUAAAGUUUUUUUCUUGGCCGAUGAUGAAAUGAAAAUCAUUAAAGAAUUAGACGAUGAAACGUUAAAAAUUUAUGGUGAAAAAUUAACAUUGUAUUAUGGUUCUUCCGAUGGAUGGACUCCUUUGACCUAUUACAGAAACUUGAGAGAAAAACAUAAAAAUGUUUUCGCUGAAGUUUGCUCGCAUGAACACACUUUUGUACUUAAAGAAUCAAAAGAAAUUGCAAGCCUAGUUAAUGAUUGGUUGAACGCAUAA